UACUAGGAAUUUGGAAGACAGCCUAUCAGUAAAACAACGGUAAUCCUCAAGCUCAAAGCUAAUGUAACGUCUCUCAUGUUCACGAUGAUGUUCGAGGCAGUGUGGGCGCGGGUGUUCGAGGAGGCAAUGUGACAAGACGACGAAGGGCUAUGGUCUGCUCUCGACUAUAGAUACGCGACGAAGGUCAUCUGAAAACUGCCUUUUCUCCCUCGACUACCACAAUCAAGUUAGAUAGUAAGUCCUUGAGGGACCUUCCAUUUCUUGUAAAUAUAUUCCGUUCUUUUCCAUAAGCAAUUUCAACCUAUACUAUCCUUCAAAAUGGUUCUUGCUUCAUUGUCAACAUCCUUUGGCCUUUUGGCCGGGUUGGCUGCUGCUCUCCCUCAUCAUUCUCUUACACCCCGUCAAGACGCUCCACAGACUGUCUCUUAUUGGGGCCAGAAUGGAGGAGGCACGAUCGAAAAUAAUGAUCUUUCAGCUUAUUGUACGCCAGAGGCGGGCAUCGAUAUCAUCGUCUUAGCUUUCCUAUACUCCUUUGGCAUGGGGAAUGACAUCCCAUCCGGUACUAUUGGCCAAUCGUGCUUCAUCACCCACGCGGGAGAGGGUCAGAAUUGUGAGGCUUUGGCCUCGGCUAUCUCAACAUGCCAGUCCAACGGGGUCAAGAUCAUCUUAUCUCUGGGUGGUGCCGUUGGCUCUUACUCGCUGAGCUCUGAAGAAGAGGCCGCGACUAUCGGCACCAACAUAUGGAAAGCAUACGGAAACUCUGGCGCUACGGAUGUUCAGAGACCCUUCGGUGACACCUUUGUCAACGGCUUCGAGUUCGAUCUCGAACUGAACAAUGGAAACGAGUACUAUCCAGCUAUGAUUUCCGCCCUACGCGAGGGCUUCGAGUCUGAUGCGGCCAACACAUAUUACAUUACCGGCGCCCCCCAAUGCCCAAUUCCUGAGCCGAAUAUGGGUGUGUUGAUCGAUAACGCCAAGUUUGACUACCUUUGGCCCCAGUUCUAUAACAACAAUAACUACACUGUUCCCUGCGCGUUGCCCAUCAAUGGCAAUGCCCCCUUCAACUACGACGACUGGGUAUCUUAUACCGCGGGUACCCCCUCGGCCGACGCCAAGCUCUUCAUCGGAGUACCAGCUGCUCCCCUGGCUGCUAAUGGCUCUCCGACCGGCGAGACGUACUAUGCAACCCCUGAGCAGUUGUCCGACAUUGUGAGCGAAUAUAAGAGCCACGAUAGGUUUAGUGGUAUUAUGAUGUGGUCCGCUGGCUUUUCGGACUCUAACGUAAUUAAUAACUGCAAUUACGCCCAACAGGCAAAGUCUAUUCUUACCAACGGAUCGCCAUGCUAGAGGAACUGACGUUGUCUGGAAACAACUUCGGUUACCUCGUCCGGCGAUGUUUGUCGGCGCUUCUCGCGAUAUAGUAGCAUGAGAAUGCUAAGAUUGGCUAUAUUAGACAACCAAGGAUUCGGUAGUUACGAACAUAUGGGUCACACGACUUACAUAGAGGCCAUUUAGCGUUUUUAGAAUUAGGUACCAGAUACUCAUUCAUG